CAGAUGCGGUAAUAUGCAUCAAUAUACUACAGAACAUAGAUAAAUAUGGAAAAGUCUGUCAGAAGAACAAUUGUUACUUUGUGAAUAGAUUUCGAAGACUUUUACGUCGAUCUCGAAUAGAAUGGAAGUAUGUGAAAUACUCAUUAUUGAUUUUUUCAAGCAAUUACAUUUUUUUCCGAAGAAAAGAUGAACAAGCAGUUUUAUAAAAAAAUUUGUUUAAAGAUUGCACAUGAUAUAAAUGUAAUAAAAUAUUAACGCUUGACCAAAGAAUUUUGUUUAUUUGUAUAUAUACCUUAUUUGUCAUAAACGUUAUAUUUGCGCAAUUGUACAAUAUUUAACGCUUAUGAAGAAAACGUUCAUCUAAUCAAAAUUGUAAAUUAAGAUGGUCGAAGGAAUUCCAUUGAGAAUUGCUUCCCUGGAGCUUAAUGUCCCUGCAAUAAUAGCUUUUGGCAAUCCCCUGUUGGAUGUUUACGUAUUUCUGAAAAAUAAGGAUUUCUUGAAAAAAUAUGAUCUUACAGAGGAUGGAGAAUUGGAACUUUCUGUUGAGAAAAUCCAGGAGAUAUUAGCAGAGUUGCCACAAGAUUUAGAAAAAAAAAUUAGUGCCGGAGGGUCAGCACAAAAUUCAAUGCGAAUUUUGCAAUGGCUUUUCGACGAUACCUUCAAGAAUCAAUACAGCAUCUAUUGCGGUGGUCUUGGAAAUGAUCCUAGGGGAGCAAUGUUGAAAAACUUAGUUCGAUCAGCAGGUGUGGAUGCCAGAUAUGCAGUUCAUCCAAACCUACCUACUGGACAUUGCAUAGCAUUAAUAAACGAAUCGUCGCGUAGUCUUGUUGCAAAUAUAGGUGCUGCUGGUGUAUAUACCUUAGACGAUUUUAAGAAAACCAAUUUGUCAUUAGACACAAUAAAAAUAAUUUACAUAGAAGGAUUUUUCAUAACGCACAGUUUUCCUGUAGCAAAGGAACUCGUUAGACUAGCUGAAGAAAAAAAAAUAAUUAUAGCCUUUAACCUUAAUGGGCUUUAUAUAUUCAAUGAUCAUCAUGCAGCAAUUUGUGAAAUGGUCGGACAUGCAAAUAUUGUAUUUGGCAAUGCAAGAGAAAUGGAGGCAUUGGCUCAAUCGUUAAACAUUAAAUAUGACGAUGUAACCGAUAUACCAUUCUUACUAAAUAGUUUGAAAAGAAUUGCAGUUAAUGCUUCUAGUUCAAACUCCAAAAAUUGGUUGCAUAAUGGUGGAAUAUUUGUUAUGACUCAAGGAGGAUCAGCUCCAGCCAUUACUGUUUGGGGAAAGGGGCAAUCGGUUGAGGUGCAUCCAAUUAAACCAAAAGCUCCCGUUAUAGAUACAACAGGUGCCGGAGAUUCUUUGGUAGCUGGUUUUUUGGCAGGUAUUUUAGUUCAAUGGAAACCACAACAUUGCUUAGAGUAUGGUUGUAAAGUAGCAUCAUUUAUGGUAACGAGACUUGGGGUUACACUACCAGACGAAGUACCAGCGGAUUUAGUAGAGUACAAUACUAUAUUUGCUUGAUGCAAAAUUCUAUGAGUAAUUUUUAUUCAGAAUUUUAUUAGAAGAAAGUUGUGAUAAUAGAAGUAUAAAAUUUCGUGUCUAUUUACGUGUAUCUAUAUUAUAAACAUAUAGACUCAAUAUUUAUGUAGUAAAUCAGAAAGUACAAAAUUACGAAAUAUUUUAACAAAGUUCAAAUCAAACUUACAAACAAACGAUAACUUUGUUUUAAUGUGUAUAUAAAUGUGAUUUUAUCUAUAUAUAGACAGAUUGGUAUUUAAUGUAAGACAGACAAUGUAUCGUAAAUAUCGU